UCAUCAGCACACGACAUUGCUCAAGAUUUCUGCAAUCACGGCAUCGACAUCACAAUGUAUCAGCGGUCGUCGACAUUCGUGAUCUCGACGCAGGCAGUGGCAGCAAUGCUAGGCGCGGUCUAUAAUGACGACUUCCCUACCAAGCUAGCUGACACUUAUAAUACCUCGCUACUUUGGGCAGUUGUCAGGCGGCUGCAUCAACGUAUGGUUCCUAUGGUCGCCGAGAGCGUCGACAAGGAUAUUCAAGAUGGAUUGGCUAAGGUUGGCUUCAAGACCAAUCUUGGCAUACAUGGAGCAGGUAUCAUGUCCCUGUUCUUGGAGCGCGGUGGUGGUUACUAUAUCGACACCGGAGCAAGUAAAAGUAUCAUUGAAGGAGGCAUCAAAGUCAAGAAUGGAUCCGCAAUGGAGUCCUUCACGGAACAUGGCCUCAGAUUUGCUGAUGGCACCGAACUGCAAGCAGAUGUCAUAGUGUUUGCUACGGGUUAUGGCGAUCCCCGUGACUUUAUGCGGGAGGUAUGCGGAGAUGAGGUCGGGUCAAAAAUCACCCAAGUCUGGGGUAUGGAUGAAGAAGGGCAAUCUGCGGGAGUGUGGAGGUACUGUGGGCAUGAUGGGGUGUGGUUCGCAAAUGGUAUG